GAUCGAUUUCAGGGUUUUUAUUUUGUCAAAAUUAAAUACCUCUCUAGAUGCAUACAACAUCGAGAUGAUUAUAAUAUAUGACGAGAAAAGAGCGGGUUUUAAAAAUACUCCUGGCAAAAUAACGGCACCAUUUUUCAGGUCCCUCAAACAAGUUCCGACGAUUAUGGCCGCCAAGCAGCCACCGCAGAAAGACCUCGUCGGCCGACCGCUCGUUCCCUUCUUCACCGACGAAGGCCAUGUGAACGCUUCCCUACAAGUAUCCAGGGAGAUGGCACACGAACCCAUGGAAGUCGACGCGCGGGUGUGGAAUGCGGCGCAGGGCUACUUUGAAUACCCCGACCAUCAGGCAGCAUCACCUUCCCUACCUACUGUGAAAGUGAAACCGACCGGCUGCCUGUUAUUAACCCCGCAACGUUUGGUAUGUCUCUCCCAUCAUGUGUUGUUUCCCUCACACGAUCGAUGGUGAUGCAGGGAACUUCGAUCAAAGACGUGCGCAGUCAAUCACGAGAAAAGACGCCACCACCGGCACCUCUUGCCACCCCUCUCCCGUCCUCUCCUUCUCCACAGCAACAGACAGCAGCCCCAUCCAAGAAGAAGGGCAAGAAAUCCAGCCCGAACAACGACAAACAGUCCGCCAAGACAACCAAGCCCGCUGUAUCUGAAUCCAAGUGGGCGUGGAGUGCGUUCCAGAACUCGCCGGACCCCAAGUCGCUGCCGAUUCCGCCGUUUCUGUCGCCGCCGACCCUAUCGCAUGAACCGGAACCGACGCCUGUGAUGGCGCCGCUGACGUUGGGCGACAAGAAGCCGCCGUCCAAACCGCCCAAUCCACCCCAAGUGACCAUCUUGCAGCGGCCCAAGCCCAAGGAAGAGCAGUUGACCCUUCAACUGCGCAAGAUGCUCAACAUUCGCGAUGCCUAGAAUAAUGAACAGGCGAUAAAUACGCAAAUAUAACUGAGUCAUAGCAUUACUGUGAA